AGUGGUGUCAGUCCGAGUGCGCUUGUUCAAGCGCAGAGGCCGGCGCGCCAUGGACGACUUCGACGAUGAUGACUUGGAUGAGGACGAGGAGAUCGAUGAGCCUGAGCCGGACAUCGAAGUGCACGAAGAGGGACAGGAGCUCGCCCCGAAGGCAGCAGAGGGACCUCGGAAGACCACGCCUUACUUGACCAAGUAUGAGCGUGCCAGGAUUCUGGGUGCCCGUGCCCUACAGAUCAGCAUGAAUGCUCCUGUGAUGGUGACACUGGAUGGUGAAACAGACCCCUUGCUGAUCGCUGAAAAGGAGCUGAUCCGUGGGGUGAUUCCCUUCGUGAUCCGUCGCUUCCUUCCAGACAACACCUACGAGGAUUGGAAGGUCUCAGAGCUCCUCUUCUUGGAGUGAGCUGCAAGCAUCGCGUGUUGCCGCGGAAAAAAAAA